AUGAAGUUCACUUCGUUCGCUGUCGCCUUGGCUGGAAUCACCUCCGUCAGCGCUGGUUGGGAGUCUGUCUACAUCGUCAACUCCCGCAAAGGCAAUGAAGUCUCCAGUGGGUGCGCCUACUAUACCGACAACGCCAACGCGUGGGGACGCCGACCUGAUGAUUACACCGACGUCACCCACGGACGUGUCCACAACUGGGAAGGCAAACGUACAGCCUGUCGAUUUGGUAGUGGUGUCACUUUCAAUGUCGACAUCAAUGCCGACGCCUAUGAGCAGAGAAACGGCGCGUGGGUUGGGGGCGGAAAUAAUGGAUUCAAGCAGUUUACUUGCCACAAGACUCACGAUAGGGCUGUUGUUGUUCCUACCCUGUAUACUGUGGAUGGAUGGACUGUUCAAGGCAUUUACUGGUGCAGGGAACCAAUCGCUGGCUCCUCGGUGUUAUUCUAG